AUGGGAAGGAGCAGAGUCAGCAGCUCAGAUCGGAGCCGCAGCAAGCGCAGCAGGCGAAGCAAACGCAGCAAGCGCAGCAGGCGGACGCGCAGCAAGAGCCCCAGCAGCAGCCCUAGCCGGAGGCGGAAGAGCAGGAGCAAGAGCAGGAGCAAGAGCAGGAGCAAGAGCAGGAGCAAGAGCAGAAGAAGCAAAAGCAGUAGCAGCAGCAACAGCCGCAGCAGGAGAAGAAGCCGAAGCAGCAAGAGUAGGAGCAGGAGUAAACGAAGUAAAAGGAGCAGGAGGAGUCGAAGGAGUAGAAGCAGUCGAAGCAGCAGGAGCAGUCGAAGCCGAAGUAGACGAGGCAGACGGCGGCGAGAGGGAAGCCGACGGCGGCACACCAAGAGCCAAGGGAGCAAAAGGAGCGCGUUCCCGGCCAGUGCCUUUGGUGGAUAUUGGGGCAACUACCGGAACUACGCUUGGCCUCAGGACUCGUCGGCCUCGUACUACCAGUACCAUGCCGCAUACCCUACUUUAUACUCCCAGCGGGACUAUGCCACAGAGAAGCCAGAGAAUUACAUGGCCUUCGUGCAGCAGCAUGUUCGCGAGGGCAGCAAUGGUCCAGAAAUUACCCUCAGCAACAAUAUGUGUCAAGACCGGCAUGUCGAUGACCUCCUCCUUUGCAUCGAGUCCUGGCUGCUCCGCCAGUAUGGCACAAGCAAUGCGCAGCCGUGGAUGAUUGGUGUCUUAGACCUCUCCCAGAACGGGCUCUCGGACGAGAACGUGGCGCGCAUCACGGACCGCCUGCGACAGCUCAGUGUGCGGGUGAAGUGCUUGGAUUUGACUGGCAACAGCGCCAGCAGCAAAGGACUUUCCUCUUUAGAGGCCUAUCUCUGGAAUUGCUCUGAGCCUGUCCAUGAGAUCUCUUUGGCAAACAAUGACAUCACCGUCGAGGCGGAUGGGGAUGACGUGGUGUCCUCGUUGCUUCGGUGCUUCUACAACCACCCGUCCUAUCCCCGGAAGAGCUCGGAGCCCGUGAUGAUCCACCCGCUGGUGCUGCGCCUGGGCGGCAACAAGAUCUCGGAUCCUGAAUUUCUCCGCUUGCAGAAGGACAUCCAAAAGAAGGUGGGCAAGAAGGCCCGCUUUUGCUCUUCUGCAGAGGCCUACAAAGCCGAGACAGAAGAGUUCCUGUCCGUGUACUUCGCGGAGGAGAAGGAUGGCAAGGAAAAGUCUGACUCAGCCUGGCAGAGGCGUCAGAAGAGGCGAGCGAAGGAAGAGGUGAAGACCGGCAGUGGAGAGGCAGAGGAGGUGGCAACUGAAAUAGCAAGCGAAGACGAAGAGGAAGAAAGAGAGAAAGUGGAGGAAGUAGAGGAAGUGGAGGAAGUGGAGGAAGCUAAGGACGUGGAAGACGUGGACGAAGCAGAGGAGAAUGGGAAGCCCAAGAAGAGCAAGAAAAAGACGGGGACUUCCAAGUCGAAGUCAAAGAAGGAGAAUAACAGCAAGGUGAAGAAGAAGAAGCGGAAGAAGCGGAAGAAGUCGGCAUCGAAGGAGUCCAAGGAGUCCAAGGUUUCCAAGGAGUCGGCGGAGUCCAAGGAGUCGAAGGAGCCGAAAGACGGUGCAGACUUUCGAUGGGAGCUGCACGCUCCCCGAUGCCAGGAGAACGGGGAAGCUGCAGAGGCCGCAGAGGCCGCAGAGGCCGCAGGCGCUGACGCAGAGGCGGCUGAGCUGUCAGACACAAAGAGCCAAGGCGAUGGCUUCACAGUUUUCCAGAAUUUCACCUUGGAGGACCAGUCACGGUUGAAGCAAGAUACGGAGCAGAGAAUGAGGCUUAUGGAGGGCCUGCUGUCCAGCAUUGGUGACACCGCCCUCGUGAAACUAGCCGAAUUGAUGGUGCGCUUACUGAUGAGUGGUAAAACGCCGGAAGAGAUGCUGUCCGAGCUGAAGCCUUUUGCUGCAGCCUUAGCCAGCAAUUCGAGCUUCGAUAUUUCCAACAUCGGCCGAGGGUUCAAGACGUGCACGUGCAAGACGUGCAAGACGUGCAAGACGUUGAUGUUCAAGACGUUGGGUAACUAUACAGAAAGUGAGCUGGUGGCGGGUGUGGCAUUCCGGCCGCGGAAGUGUCAGCCCUCCCCAGGCGCUUGGAUUGAUAGCACCUACAAGGCAAACGAUGUGCAGCUGGCCUACAGGCUGUACACAGCGUCAACCAUUGAGCCGGGGAAGGCCUUGCUGAUUUACUUUCACGCCAAUGCCGAGCUAUGUACUGACCUGGAGGGAGAGGUGCACAAGUUCUUUCCUUGCGGCUUCUGCGGGAUCCUUUGCCCAGAGUUCCGGGGCUUUGCCUGGAGCGAUGGGACCCCAAGCCUCAAGGCGCUCUACCCAGACUGCGAGGCGCUGAUUCAGGCCCUGCCUGGGAUUCUCGCUGAUGCUGGUAUAGAGGAUUCAGUGCCCAUUAUCCUGCACGGUCGCAGUCUGGGCACGCAAUGUGCCAUUCAUCUUGCUUCGAUGGAGGUGCCCAACGUUGGCGGCCUCAUCGUGGAGUCGGGGGUGAUGGAGCUGCUGCGCCUGCCCAUGGUGCAGCAGUUCAGCAUGAUGAUGCCCCAGCUGCUCCAGGCACUGCAGCAAGAGCCGUCGCCUUUGCAGCCUUUGCAAGAGCUCAAGCAGGAAGAGGCCUGGUCAGCGGUGCCCAUGGCGCUGGACGCUGGGAUGCGGCACUUCGAUGGGGCGUUGGUGUACUGCACGGGUCGCCACCUGGGGGACACCUUGGGCCGUCGCUUUGCGGAGGGCUCCGUGCGGCGCUCGGAGCUGUUUCUGACCACCAAGAUCUUCCACCCGCCGGUGCCCGGGUUCCUGGUGAAGAGCCGCACCGUGGACAUGCUGGCCGAUGGCCUGAAGGACCAGCUGCUGGAACAGUUUGACCGCGCCCUGGAGGAGAUGGGUGUGGGCUACGUCGACCUGCUGCUGGCGCACUGGCCGGGCAAGUUUGGGUCCACCGACAAGGAAAAGAACCGACAGGCUCGGAGAGUUUGCUGGGAGGUCUUCGAGGAGCUCUAUGAGCAGGGCAAAGCCAAAUCCGUGGGCGUGAGCAAUUGGACCGAGGACCAUCUUGCAAGCCUCAUUGCCGACGGAGUGAAGGUGGUGCCUCAAGUGAACCAGAUCGAGAUGUCCCCCUAUACCAUUUGGGAAGAUUUGGUGAAGUUUUGCCAAGACAAGAACAUUGUCAUCCAGGCCUACUCACCGCUUGGCUCGACCGCAGGUGGCUGCCUGAAGGACCCGUUGAUCGUAGAGCUGGCCCAGAAGUACAAGAAGAAUCCUGGACAGUUGGUGCUCAGAUGGCUGGUCCAGCAGAACAUCGUGGUGCUCCCUAGGAGCUCCUCGGCGUCGCGUAUCGCUUCCAACAUGGAUGUGUUUGACUUCGAGAUUGACAAAGAAGACAUGGCCAAGAUCUGGAGUUUGAACAAGAAGAAGUCCUUCACCAACGCGAACCCAUACGACAUCCCCUGA